UGAACGAUCAUGGCUUUUGACUUGGAGUAACUCUCAAAAUACCCAUUUAGCAAUUACUUAUUUUACACCCUUAAUCAAUUUCAUCAUUACCUUAUAAAUUAUAAUCUCUAAUUCUUUAAUUUUUUGCAUCAAUUCUUCAAUCUACUAUCCGGGUCUUGUGAUUCGGAUACCCCUACUCUGUUUUGGUCUAUUUUUAUCCCAAAUUUUACUAAUAUAAUUGUUCAUCUUUUUUCCCAAUUAUAGAAUUAAUAGUUGAAAUUGUGUUGAAAUAUGUUCAAAUUUUCAAAUGGGUAGUUGAGAAAUUGUUGGUUUUGGGUUGGGAGAAUCAAGAAAACUAAAAAUGAAGGAUUUUGCAGGAACACCAGGCACUCUAACUGGAUUUGCUCUCAGGGUUUCUCAAUUUUUGUUUGCUUCUGCUUCCAUUGCUUCUAUGACUACCACUUCUAGCUUCUUUAAUUUCACUGCUUUCUGCUAUCUUGUAGCUUCCAUGGGUUUGCAAGUGAUCUGGAGCUUAGGCCUCGCCAUGAUGGACGCCUAUGCCCUUGCGAAGAAAAGAACACUUCAUAAUCCGAUACUUGUCAGUCUUUUUGUGAUUGGAGAUUGGGUAACGGCUAUAUUGUCUCUGGCAGCAGCUUCAGCCUCGGCAGGAAUCGCCGUUUUGUAUUUUCAUGAUAUCGGAGGGUGUAACGAUAAUGCAGAAUGCUUCAAAUACCAACUUGCUGUUGCAUUUGCCUUCCUAAGUUGGCUAACUGUCUUCAUUUCAUCUCUCAUCAUGUUCUGGCUUCUUGCAGCCGGCUAGAGAUCUCCUUGCUUCGAUUUUUGCACACUGUAAAUACGAACAAAUCGAAACUACACUAUCAAAGUACGUGAGGAUAUUGCUCUCGUACUGUUUUAUUUGUUAUCGUUUCGAGUGUGUACAGCUCUUUUCGAUUGAUCGUAUUUGUAACCCAAUUUUGAGAAACCCAGGAAGGUAUACCUUGUGGCUUGUGGUACUACCAAUAUUGAGAAUUUGAAAGUGACUUUUCACUGUAUACUUGUAGUUUCAUUCUACUUCUAUUUGAAAUGCUAUACUAUCAGACAUCUACUAGUUAAAGCCAUUAGCCACUAUAGAGUUGGUACUAUGUAUUUAUACGGCACACCGUACUGCUAAUCUAUACAGGUAUACCGUUUGGUAGAGCUUAAGUAUCCAUUCCAUUAUAGUUGCCACUGAUAGUGAUAUUUCUCUAUUGAACGUCACUAUCUGUUUUUGUCAAGGAACCAACAUGGUUGAAAAUGCAAGGAGUCACAUGCCCAAGGAGUUUGAAGCAAGGGAAGAGUAAAAUGUGGUAAAACAAAGCCUGCUCGAUCGAGCCUUGAACUACUGGAUUGAGCAGUUAAGCAGAGAAGAGGAAGUGACUUUUUGAUAGCUUGCUCGAUUGAGCAAGUAAAUGGCUUGAUCGAGCAGGCGUGUCAAAAGCUGGAUUUUUGUAUUGCAUGUAUGAUGCCUUUUGGAGAUUUCUAAGUUUUGGCUUUUUUGACCUUCCUAGGCUAAGCAUAUAAAGAGGGUCUUAAGGGUUAGAAGAUAUAAGUGAAAGAGUGCAAGAAAGCUUUUGUUGAUUGUUGAACCUUGUAAGACAAUAUUUUUUAUAUUUUGAGAGAAACUCUAAAGGAUCUUUGUGAGAUUAAUUGAGUUUGAGUGAGAUUUCUGAUUGUAAUUAUUGUAUUCACAAUAAGAAAUACAAAAAAUUACUUUUAGGGUAGGGUAUCUUAAGG